AUGUUACUGAUCCGCACAGUGUCUGGAGAAGUCCUUGUCACGAUUGAACUGGCAAGCUUUCUGGACACACUCGCUGCCGGGAGCCAUCCCGUCCGAGCACUAAAGCAACACUUGUACAGCUUGUGCGGGCUGCCAAGGUUCAGGCAAAAACUGAUUGCUUUGGAUGAUGGCGUCGUGUUGAAUGACACUGACGACGAGCACAUCUUGAGACCUGGCGACGUUCAGCUCGUGCUAGUGAGUUUCAGUUUAGCAUCUGAAGCGCAGAUUGAAGAGCUUCGGCGUGCUGCAGAGAAUGGCCUGACAUCGGUCGUGGAGACAAUUCUGCAAAAGCCACAAGACCCAGAUCUAGGUCAUCCAGCCCCAUUGGUCCGCGCAUCCGAGCACGGCCACUUGGAGGUUGCGCGCCUCUUGCUGGAAGCCAAAGCUGACAAGGACAAGGUGAAUGCUGUCGGCGCCACCCCCUUGUUCCUCGCAGCUUAUAAGGGGCGGUUGGAAGUUGCUCGCCUUUUGUUGGAAGCCAAGGCUGACAAGGACAAGGCCGCGAACAUGGACACCACUCCUUUGCACAUUGCCGCUGCAGCUGGGCAGUGGGAAGUUGCACACCUGUUAUUGGAAUCAGAGGCUGACACGGACAAGGUGACUGAUGUCGGUGCCACUCCUUUGCUGCUUGCAGCUGACUACGGGCAGUUGGAAGUUGCACGCCUGCUGAUAGAGUCAAAGGCUGACAAGGACAAGGCCAUGAACGAUGGCGCCACCCCUUUGUCCAUGACCGCUUCCAAAGGGCAUUUGGAAGUUGCACGCCUCCUGUUGGAGUCAAAGGCUGACACGGACAAGGCCGCGAACGAUGGCAUCACUCCUUUGUAUCUAGCAGCUCAGAACGGGCAGUUGGAAGUUGCACGCCUUCUGUUAGAGUCGAAGGCUGACAAGGACAAUGCCGUGAGCGAUGGCACCACUCCUUUGCUCAUUGCAACUGACAGGGAGCAGAUGGAAGUUGUGCGUCUGCUGUUGGAGUCAAAGGCUGACAAGGACAAGGCCAUGAACCAAGGCGCCACUCCUUUGCUCUUUGCAGCUGGCAGGGGGCAGUUAGAAGUUGCACGCCUGCUGUUAGAGUCAAAGGCUGACACGAACAAGGCUAUGAACAAUGGCGCCACUCCUUUGUUCUUUGCAGCUCAGAACGGGCAGUGGGAAGUUGCACGCCUUCUGUUAGAGUCGAAGGCUGACAAGGACAAGGCUAAGAACAAUGGCACCACUCCUUUGCACAUAGCGGCUGACAAGGCGCAGUUGGAAGUUGUACGCCUUCUGCUGCAGGCCAAGGCGGACACGGGCAAGGCCAAGAAUAAUGGCUACACUGCGUUGCGCUGUGCAUAUUCGCGAGGGCACUCGCAGGUUGCGUGCCUGCUGCUGGAGGCCAAGGCGGACCUGGACAAGGCCACGAAUGCUUCCCAGUCGCCUUUGCGACCAUGA